AAACCAUAUGUGGAGAGAAUAAUCCCAAUAAUUGGAUUCUCUCUUCUCUUCUGUUCCGCCAACUCCUGAAACCUAACUCCCCUCUGGAACACAUAGAAAAGAAGAAAUUCGAUAUGGAAAUGAAGAAUUCAUGGCUACAAAAUUGAAAAAAAAAAAUGGAUCUGUUUAGCACCUAUUUUUGUGUUAAUUGAGAAGGGUUUUUUUGUUUGUUUUAUUCAAUUUUGUAGCGAGGAUUAAGGAGAACGAGACGGAGCUGCUGGCACAGCUAAAGGAUCUUGCGGCGGGGCUGGCGCUGCUGCGGGUUGGAGAGGGUGAGCGGUGCUGCCCUAAGAGAUGCCAACCGCCGGUUCCAUCUUGUACUAAUGAAAACUCAGUCGUUUAGUUCAAGCUGUUUUAGGUACAGCUGCCAUUGAUGAGCUAUCCGAUAUCUGAAAUCCGGAGGUUUCGGCGUUAUGUGGGACUCCGAAGUCUUCAAGGUGCGGUGAGACUGUUCUGGAUGGCUGGAGCAAUCUGCGCCUGCCCCUUCCAAAGCAGACCUUUUAGUACGAAACAAACUUACAAGGUUCUUGACGCCAGUUCAAAAUCACGCCCUCACAAGCCCACGAGAAGCCAACAUCGGACAUCCAUCGCAUUUCUUGAUCAUCUCAAGCAGUGCCGAGACCCCGACGAAUUUCUCACUAUUUUCCACGAUUACUAUGAGUUGGGCUACAAACAUGACUAUCCUUCUUAUGCUUCUCUCAUCUACAAACUUGCUCGUGCCAGAAAAUUUGAGGACAUCGAAGUGGUUUUGGAUUUCCUUAAGACGAGUGAUAUCAAAUGCGGGGAAUCUCUGUUUGUUGGCUUGAUUCGGCAUUAUGGAAAAGCCAAUUUGAUUGACAAGGCUGUCGAGGUUUUCCGUGAGAUAGGAAGGUCAUUCAACUGUGUGCGUACGGUGCAAUCUUUUAACACGAUUUUGAAUGUUUUAGUUGAUAGUGGACGAGUUUGUGAGGCUACUGAGUUAUUUGAGCAGGGUCCCAAGAUGGGAUUCAAGUUGAAUUCGGUUUCGUUCAAUAUUAUGGUCAAAAUGUGGCUGGAGAAGGGCGACUGGGAGAAGGCGAGGAAAAUAUUUGAUGAAAUGCUUGAAAGAGAGGUGGAGCCUACAGUUGUGACUUACAAUUCUCAGAUUGGGUUUUUAUGCAAAAGGGGUGAUGUGGAUGAGGCCAAACGAUUUCUUGAGGAUAUGUGGAGGAAGGGGAAGCGAGGCAAUGCAGUGACUUAUUCUUUGUUAAUGGAAGGUUUAUGUGCUUCAGGAAACUUUAAGGAAGCGAAGAAAAUGAUGUUUGAUAUGGAGUACCAGGGGUGCAAAGUGCAGCUUGUGAAUUAUGGUGUUUUGAUGACUGACCUUGCAAGGAGAGGAUUAAUAGAUGAAGCAAAAGGUUUGCUUGCUGAGAUGAAAAAAAGGCGGAUCAAACCAGAUGUGGUUAUGUAUAAUAUACUGAUUGAUCAUUUCUGUAAAGUAGGUGCAGUUUCGGAGGCGUAUAAAGUAUUGGUUGAUAUGCAAGUUAAGGGCUGCAAGCCUAAUGCUGCCACUUACAGGAUGGUGGUUGAUGGUUUCUGCAAAGUUCAGGAUUUCGUGGGAGGUUUAAACGUCUUGAAUGCAAUGCUAAAUAGUGGACAUUUUCCUCGAACUGAAACUUUCUGUUCUCUGUUUAUUGGGUUGGGUAAGAAUGCAAAAAUAGAUGAUGCGAGUUUUAUUUUGGAGGAGAUGAAAAAGAGAAAGAUAAGUUUAGAUUCCGACUCAUGGGAAAUCCUACUUAGAGAAACCUGUAUAGAUGAUAAAUUUGUUACAAGGUGUUUGGCUGAUGUUCUUUGUUAUGAAGAGAAAAAUGAGUGGGGAUUUGGACUGUCAUCGGCUGUUCUUUCGUCCAGUUGAUGUGUUUCUGGCUGGAGUAUGAACUGGAAAUUAUAGCUUCAGCCAGGUUCAGUGUCCCUAGCAAAUAACAUAUAGUUACGGCGCUCUCGCGAUGUGGUUGGUAUAUGAUUGAAGAAGUAACACGUGAUUAAUUGGGUAUGAGAAAACAAGAAGUUGUAGAGUGUCGAUAGACGUUGGAGAAGGUUCACGGGGAAUGUUAUUACCAUAGUUUGGAAGAGAGAUUCUGAGUAAUGAUAUGGGAAAAUGAAAUGUAUAUCGUGUUGAUGCUUGUUACAUAAGUUUUGAUGCAGGAAUUUAUCUUAUUUUAUAUUGAUAUAUAUAAGAAUUAAAUACACUUUAACACU